GAACCCUCCCAUCCUCAAACAUCCAUGGUCUCCCCCGUUCCAAACUCCAUAGCCCACCCAACGUAACUAACCCGUAGGACCCAAAUGGCUCCGAGAAACGGAUCCAGUUCAGUUAACCAGGAUUCCAGCUCCAAGGAGAUUCGUUUCAGAGGGGUGAGGAAGCGUCCAUGGGGUCGCUACGCCGCCGAGAUCCGCGACCCAGGUAAGAAGACGCGCGUCUGGCUCGGCACUUUUGACACUGCCGAGGAGGCAGCACGUGCCUACGACGCUGCUGCCCGCGAGUUCCGAGGCGUUAAGGCGAAGACCAACUUCCCCAACCCCUCCUCCGACCUCACCUCCCUCAGCCAGCACCACAACAAUAACAACAAUACGCGCAGCCCAAGCCAGAGCAGCACCGUCGACUCCUCGUCCCCACCACCGCCGCCCCUCGACCUCACUCUGGGAGGCGCGGUCCAUUUCCCCUCCGGUUCGGCUCGGUUCCCUGCCGGUGGUGCGGUCGGUUUUCCCCUCGUUACGGCUGUGCGUCCAGUCUACUUUUUCAACCCAGUCGCCAAUAUGAGCGGGAAUCACCGCGACUUGUGCAGGUUCGAUCGGGCAGAGACGGAUUUCAAGCAAAUCGUGGGUGGUGGGGCCCACAGCGACUCCGAUUCAUCUUCCGUCGUCGAUUUUGAUCAUACUCCCACCCAUAGACUGCUCGACCUUGACCUCAACCUUCCUCCCCCGGAGGUUGCCUGAUUUCGCCAAAUUUUCUUGAUCUCCGGCGAAGAUCCGAGUUUUCCUGUCGUUUAGCUUCAGUGUUGGCAUUUGUUUCUACGCUUUUUUACUUCUUUUUGUUUCCGAUCGAGAUGGCAAGUAGAUCUCGUUAGAUAAAGAGAAAGCUAGCUGACAUGUUGUAUGGAUUCGCUGAUGAUGAUUGUGAUCCGUAUAUGUACAUAGAUAACCAAUCCUCCGUAUUUUUGCAACUGAGACAGAUUUCUCAUGGUUGUUCUGCAAUCUAUUGUUGUUAUUAGUUAUAUGUUCGAUCUUUGUAGAAGAAUGAAAAUCAACGAUUUUCUUGUUCCA